CGCCAAAUAGUACGGUCGAGUGGACGAUAGCUCGGUCCGGUCAACUUUUACGGCUCUUGAAGCUGGUUUGGUAUUACGGUCAAUAGCUCUGUUUGAACUACCAAAUAACAGAAAAAAUAUCGUAAAAUUGUGCUCUCUGUGUGCCGUUCUAGUUUGUUGUUCAGACAAUCAUGGUUUAGCCUACGGUAUACCUGUGUGUGAUCACAGACGGGUUUACUCAUGAUAUUUUUUGGUGUGUACCAGAAUGUGACAUAAAUAGCUGCUUUGGUGAACAAGCCUGUGCGGAUUCAACCAACAUUUACCGUAGGGUGUGCAUUCAUUCUCGAAACUGUUAUGGGCGUUUCGCUGUCAGCUUGUUCUAGUUCUGAACUUGUUUCCCAACUCGUUACUUGUUGGUCCAUCGAACCAAGGUGAACUUUAGAAAUGUGAAAAUAUUUACUUUCUACUGUAGCUGUGGUGUGGAGUUUUGAAAGCGACGCAAAAAAAAGUUGACAAAGCACAAAGCAAAGUUCACAUUAUAACGUCGCCAUACUUCUGCGAGACCCACCGAAGCAGAACGAGCUUCAUCGAGCACGGAAUUGAAUAACACGAUUGCGAAUAAAACAUCAACAUCAGAAAGGCGAUAGGCGGUCAACAGCAGUUGCAGCAGCUGUAAUGAUCACAAAAGUAACUUGCAAUAUCGAUGUAGUCAAUACAGCUGCUUCGCGGAAUUGAACAGACAGUCACAUGGCAGCAGCAGUGUGAGAUGGCUGGUCCAUCGACAGUUGUGUAAUUGCAUCUGCAGAGAAAGUGAAAAGUGCACAGUUUCUGGUUGGCUCCUCACAACAUAACCCCAAGACCCCACAAUCGUCGCCGUCAUCAGUCACAGUGAAUGUGCUUCGACACGUGUAUGGGUGUGCGAAUAUUGCUGUGAGUGUUUUUUUUUUCAUCUUGUUGGCUUCUGGAAGAAGCCUGUGAAAAAUAUCCAGAGAAAAAGGAACCACUCGUGGAGGCUGCUGCAGAUGAGUGUGUUUUUCGGGGAAAAGCACCUGAAACUCAGAGCGAAACCUGCUGACAGCAAAGCAACCACCUCGAAAACAUGGCACACUUUUCGAUAUCUGAAAUGCCCGAAGUGAAGGUGCCCACCGAUACCUUUCCCAAAAGUGGGCGGGUGACUGAAGUUUGCAAAGAAUGGCUCGUGCGGGAGGAUAGUGCUCUAGCGUAUGAACUACAAAAUAAAGAAAUUUCAGAACACUACAAAGGAAACAAACAUCGGAACCAAAUUGUUCGGCAGGAUUUCCCGACCGCACUUUCCGAACAGAUCCGGGAAAAGGAAAACGCCGAACGACAGGCAGCGCUGUAUCAUCAGAUGAUAAAUGAACAGGAAGAAAUGGAUGCCAAAGUAGCACGUGAUAUCGCAGAUCAACUGAAACGAGAGGCUGAGCUAAGACGAAGGCUAGACGUGGAGAAGGAUGAAAUGUUGGCUCGCAAAUUGCAUGACAAAGUGGCCGUCGGUGGCGGCGGGAAAAAACAACCUAGACCGCAAGAGCCGCCGGAUCAUUCAUUUCCUCCGCCACCGAGAAACCAUCCAAAACCCGUUCAACAACAGCAACUGCCAUCCAGACCACCAUCGCUGCACCAUGCGUCUCCCUACAUAGCGCAUUCUCCUCCGCCGUCUGGACAGGCGGCGGCUGCUGCUUCCAUGGAACAACCAGAUCUUCACUACGCCUCGCUUGAGUUGAAUUCCCCUAAGAGGCCCCCUCCGCAAUCGAUGUUCUCGAAUGGAGCAAGAAAUCCGUCGGCCAACAUCUACCAGGAAAUAUUACAUCCGCCUGCGCCAGCACGUAACUUUCAUCGGUACGACGAAGAUGAAGAGGGAUAUACCAAUAUCAAUCUUCACUCACAUACGCCCGAGAAGAAACAACCGGUUUUCCCAAACACGCGUAAUGGAUCCGUUGCAGAUACUGUGGACAGCAUUCGGCAGUACGACAUACCGUACGAUGGCGACUACAGUUACCAAAUGCCACCUCCUCCCUCGUUGAACGACAUUACAGGGCACAGUCAACCGCCCCGGUACAACAACGGUAGCAAUAAUAAGCCUGUUCAUCAUCCAUCGGAGGCGUACAAAUUCCCCAACAACAUAAACCCGGAGGAUGAUUUUAGGAACAACUCAAACUUUAACAAAAAUUCCCCUGAAAAGAUUGUCCACCCGCCAAGUUUGGCCCCAUCUAAUAAUGGGGCCUACAGCAAGGCAUCCCGUACUCCCAUCAAUUACAACGCGUAUGACGAUGAUGACAUCGAGGAAGGACUCGCUCAGCCACUGCCAUCGAACCACAUGGCCCAGCUCAACCAGAUAGGUCUUCCAGCUUCAUCUGCCGGUAUCGGAGCUACCUCAACAUCAACAUCUUCCGCUCAGUCUAGUUUCGAUCAGGGAGGAUCGAGCGCAUCCGGUUCCCGCUACGCAAACAACGCUUUCAAUCAAGGCCCCAGCAGCUCCCAUCAUCACGGAAUACAGAAUCCUCAUCUGUACCAGAAUCACCACCCACACCACGCCCAAAUACAACAGCAGCAGCAGCACCAGCAACAACAAUUGCAGAAACAGCAACCUCCUGCCCACCACAGCCGAAACUCGCCAGCCCACUCCAAAACCGGAAGCUACGACAAGACUGAUCGGAUUCGAGCGCUCAAAGAUCUGGGCCUUCCGGUGGACGAGAUUCACGAAAUCGACAAGCGGUUGGAGCAGGAGUUAAAAGAUGAGGAACUGGCUCGAAAACUGCAGGAUGCCUUAGCAGAUGAACUGGACCAGGAAGCAAUCGACCGUCGAGUGGCCAUGGAAGCGCAAGAUAAGGAACUGGCCAAGAUGCUGCAAGAACGAGAACGUGCCAAAGCACGCCGGGCACGUGAAAAGGCGAGACUGAAAAAGGAAAUGCAACGACAGCAGCAG